AGAGCUAGAGUCAAACAUCUGCAAAUCUUCAACUUUAUAAAACCAAAGUAGCUAUUCAAAACUCAGGAGAUUGAAGAGAAUCACUUCCCUUUAGCUUCCUUGAAACAAUUCCGUGACCAAUUUCUAAUGUCUACUAAUCCUCCAAAAAUCCGAUACAUCUCAGAGAGCUUUAUCAAACCACAGUAUGCUUUAGAAGAAUCAAAGAGGCCCUUCUACCUGUCACCAUGGGAUCUUAUCAUGCUCUCUGCAAACUAUAUCCAAAAGGGCCUUCUUUUUACCAAACCUCCAACAGCAAAUGCCGAUGAAGACUUCAUCAAGUCUCUCUUGGACAGGCUUAAGUAUUCCCUCUCUGUAACCCUUGUCCAUUUCUACCCACUUGCAGGCCGCCUUGUGACACAAAAAAAUGAAAACCCACCUUCAAGCUUGAUUUUUGUUGAUUGCAGUAACAGCCCUGGAGCUAAAUUCAUCUAUGCAGAUCUAGACAUGACAAUAUCUGAUAUCCUUUCUCCGAUUGAUGUACCAUCAAUCGUUCAAUCCUUUUUUGAUCAUGACAGGGCGGUCAACUAUGAUGGUCAUACCAUGCCAUUGCUAUCCAUUCAAGUAACAGAACUAAAAGAUGGUAUCUUUAUAGGCUGUUCCAUGAACCACUGCCUUGGCGAUGGAACCUCUUAUUGGCAUUUCUGUAACACUUGGUCUGAGAUCUUUCAGGCACAGGGAAACAACAUUUCUAUCACACGCCCACCAAUCCACAGGCGAUGGUUUCCUGAUGGUGUUAGUCCGAUUAUCAACCUCCCUUUCUCACACCAAGAUGAGUUCAUUUCCAGAGGUGAAGCACCAAAACUUAGAGAAAGAAUGUUCCACUUCUCUUCCGAAUCCAUAGCAAAACUCAAAGCAAAAGCCAAUGCAGAAUCCAAUACCAACAAGAUCUCUUCCUUUCAGUCCUUGUCUGCACUUGUCUGGAGGUGCAUAACGCGUGCGCGUUGUCUACCACAUGACCAGAUAACACAUUGCAGGUUGGCCACCAAUAACAGGUCAAGAAUGGAGCCAUCCUUAUCUGAUGAUUACUUUGGGAACUUGGAUUCCGUAGUGGGAGGAGUAACGACAGCUGGUGAAUUGCUUGAACACAAUCUUGGGUGGGUGGCAUGGAAGUUGCACGAGGCUGUGGUCAACCACACUGACAAAGUUGUGCGUGACUCGGUUGAUACCUGGCUGCAGUCUCCAAUUGUUUUCCAACCUGCUCGGCUUUUUGAUCCAUACAGUGUAAUGAUGGGGAGUUCACCCAGGUUCAACAUGUAUGGGAAUGAAUUUGGAAUGGGGAAAGCAGUGGCACUUCGCAGUGGGUAUGCAAACAAGUUUGAUGGGAAAGUGUCUUCAUACCCAGGUUACGAAGGAGGAGGAAGCAUUGAUUUGGAGGUGUGCCUUCCACCAGAUUCAAUGAGCUCUCUUGAGUCUGAUAAGGAGUUCAUGGAUGCUGUCUCUCUGUCCCACCAGCUGCCCUAGUUUCCAAUGCUCUAUACCAUUCAGACGAACAAGCCAAAUCUUUCUUUUGUGAGGAAGGAGUAUAUAUCAAAUAUGUGAUAUUCAUCUGCAGACUGUAUCAAAUAUGUUAUAUGACAUGCUACAUACUCAUGCAAUAGGUAUUGUUUAAGUGUAAAAUAGUAGCUACUAAUAUAGCAAAUGAAAGAUUAAAGCUCUACUCUUUUAAAAUUAGUCCCUCAGAUUACAUCACCCGUAGCACAAAAAAAAAAAGAAGCUAAAAAUAGUAGGCUUAUUUGAGAAUCUCAAGUGAAACUCAACUUCAUACAUAUUUUAUUUCCAAUACUUGGGUCAUGUUACUACUCACUCAUUUAUCUUUAACCAUUUAGACCCCCUUCUUAUGAGCUCUUCCACUCUGAAAAUGGCAUGUAACAAAAUAUGAACAAUUCAACCUAAGCAAUAAAUAUACUUUUUAGUUUC